UCAUCUCUUCUUCCUCAAACCUCUCCCCUGCUUUUGCCUUGCCUUUCUGCAUAUUUCAGUCUCAGUUUUUAUCUCUCUCUCUCUACGAGAUCAGAUUUGAUAUGGAUCCCUAUAAUGAAGAGUUGAUGAAAGCACUCCAACCUGUCAACCGUCCUCCGUCUUCUUAUCCUUCUUCUGAUCUCCUCAAUCCCUGCAUCCAAACACGCCCCAUCAGGCUCAACCAGCUCACACCAUCUCAGAUUCGUGAAAUUCAAUCCCGAAUCCAGAAACACAAGAAGACGCAUCACCAUGUUGCUUCCCCUUCAUCCCAACGUAAUCCGGCAAAACUCUACAGAGGAGUCCGACAGCGACAUUGGGGUAAAUGGGUCGCUGAGAUCCGACUUCCCAAGAACCGUACCCGUCUCUGGCUCGGCACCUUCCAUACUGCAGAGCAGGCUGCUUUAGCCUACGACAACGCAGCCUUCAAGCUCAGAGGAGACUUUGCCAGGCUCAAUUUCCCUCACCUACGCCACCAUGGAGCUCAUGUGAUCGGUGAAUUCGGCCAUUACGAGCCCCUUCCUUCAUCUGUGCACGCCAAGCUCCAAGCUUUGUGUGAAAGCUUGGCAGACAAUUCCCAGAAACAGGGGAAUGCAGAGAAGCAUCUCCACAACACACAUGAUUCUGCUACUCUCUCCUGCUUAGCUUCCUCGUCCGAUGAGUCGGACAUUACUUACUUGGAUUUCUCGGAUUCUAAAGUGGAUGAAACAGAGGUUGUUGGUUUGGAGAAGUACCCUUCCAUUGAGAUUGAUUGGUCCGCUAUCUGAGACAUGUCGUCCCAGUUUACUUAGAAUUUUAGGUUGAGUACAUAUGUAUUUAUGUAUCUACAUGGUGUAUUCGGUUACCUAGGUUC